AUGGCUGAUGCACCUCCACCUACUCCGUCCGAGCUACUUCGGAUGGUAACCGAGCUUCAGCAGGCAAAUCAGCGCAUGGCAGAGGCAAAUCAGCGUAUGGCUGAGGAAAAUCAAAGAAUGCAGCAGCAAAUUCAGCAAAUAGCCAACGCCCGACUCGAGCAUAACGACAACCGUCAUGGAGGAAACGCCAAUGACGAGAAUCAAUCUCAGCCGACACAUGUUUCGGAAACUCCCCAGGAUGAUGAUGGAAGGGAUCCUCAAAACAAUGAAGCCUCACUGAAAGACGAAGGAGAGGAGCCUGACAACUCGGCAGGACCUUUCACAGCUGAUAUCAUGAAUUUUCAACUGCCCCGGCAAUUUACAUUGCCAACGACUUUGAAUCCGUAUGAUGGCUUAGGCGACCCAAAGCAGCACAUCAAAAAGUUCCGAUCUAUCAUGAUCGUUAACGGUGCAUCCGAUCCUAUUCUAUGUCGUUGUUUUCCCUCCUUUUUGGAUGGUCCUGCACUUGACUGGUUUUGCUCUUUGCCUGCAGAUUCAAUUUCACGUUUCCAGGAGUUAGCAAAGCAGUUUGAAGAUCAUUUCGCAGCAUCAGCAAUAUAUCUGCAUGAUUCCGACUACCUAACGACUGUAAAGCAAGGAAAGUUUCAAGAAGCCAUUGCAGUAGCCAAGCCGAAGACUUUGGCCGAGUUUCGAGAAAAGGCAAAAGGGCAAAUAGACAUUGAAGAGCUUCGUCAAGCUCGCAAAGCGGAAAAGUCGGCAACUACUAAAGAAGAUGAUAAGCCUCGGGACAAUAAGAAGACUUUCAGACCAACUCCUCGCUAUGAAACCUGCACUCAGUUUAACGCGAAGAGAGAUGAUAUUAUUAAGGAAAUUUUGAAUUCCAAGCAGAUUAAACCUCCUCUCAAAGCUGGCAGUUAUCCCGAGCCGAAGAAUAUAGACAAGUCCAAAUACUGCACAUUCCAUCAGAAGUAUGGUCACACAACCGAUGAGUGUGUGAUCGCCAAAGACCUUUUAGAACGUUUAGCAAGACAAGGACAUCUUGAUAAAUAUAUCUCAGGCCACAUGCAGAAAAGAUCCGUUUCCAUUUCAGAUCCACCCCCUGUAGGACCAUCAUCAUCAUCAAAAGAUAAGGAAAAGGCGCCGGCUCAGCCUAGGGGUAUAAUUAAUUGCAUCUCGGGCGGUUACGCCGGAGGUGGACAAACAAGUUCGGCAAGAAAACGGACAUACAGGGCCAUGCUCGCACUAGGAGAUACCACCAACAAUCCCCAGCCAUUGCAGGAGAUUCCGGAGAUGACAUUUUGCCCAACCGACUUUAAUUGCAAGGAUACCAACCUAGAUGACCCAGUCGUCAUCUCUCUUCAGUUGGGCGACUUAAUAGUUCGGAAAGUGCUGCUAGACCCAGGCAGCAGUGCUGACGUGCUAUUUUUUACAACAUUUGAAAAAAUGAAAUUAAGUACUAAUAUUUUGCAACCGUCUGCAGGUGACUUGGUCGGAUUUUCCGGGGAACGCGUUCCAGUGAUGGGUUCAGUGUGGUUACAAACCACACUCGGUGAGCAGCCUCUAUCUAAAACACAUGACAUCCAAUAUCUUGUUGUAGACUGUUUCAGUCCCUAUAACCUUAUCUUAGGAAGACCUUUUUUAAAUAGAUUUACGGCGAUUGUAUCCACUGUUCAUCUCUGUGUCAAGUUUCCCGUGCAGGACAAUAUUGUAGCCACAAUCCAUGGUGAUUUGCAAGAAGCUCUGCAUUGUUAUAAUACAAGCCUAAAACCUAUCAAGAGGAGUUGCGAACGACGUAUAAACUCCAUCACUUCCGAACAACCAACAUUAGCCGAGCUUGACCCUAGAGCCGACUUUCUAGAUCGUCCUCUGCCAAAUGAAGAGCUAACAAAGAUUAUGUUAACUGAUGACCCAAUGAAAUUCACUUUCAUAGGAACCUCGGUAAAAGACAAAGAACGGGAGAAGCUCAUCCGUUUUUUGCAGAAGAACGCCGAUCUUUUUGCUUGGACAUCUGGAGACAUGCCAGGCAUUGAUCCAUCCGUUAUUACUCACAAAUUGGCAAUAAGCCCAGCAGCUCGACCAAUAUCUCAGAAAAAAAGAAAUCUCGGAACUGAGAAAAGAAUGGCAUCCAUGGCUGAAGCCAAGAAGCUCAUUGAUGCAAAUUUCAUCCGAGAAAUCAGGUUUACAACUUGGCUGGCCAACGUCGUCAUGGUAAAGAAAAAUAAUGGUAAAUGGCGCAUGUGCGUCGACUUUACUGAUUUAAAUAAAGCAUGUCCUAAAGACGCUUACCCUCUGCCUUCUAUCGAUACUUUAGUAGACAACUCUUGUGGAUAUGGCACCUUGAGUUUCAUGGAUGCAUACUCUGGUUAUAACCAGAUCCUUAUGCACCCAUCAGACCAAGAAAAAACGGCUUUUAUUACUGAAUAUGGUAAUUAUUGCUACAAUGUCAUGCCUUUUGGCUUAAAGAAUGCAGGUGCAACAUACCAAAGACUGAUGAACAGGGUCUUCGAGCAACAGAUAGGUCGGAAUAUUGAGGUGUAUGUCGAUGACAUGGUCGCCAAGACAAAGGUCGGCCAUUCCCAUAUUGAAGACCUUGCCGAAAUAUUUGGCCAAAUCCGAGCUUACAACAUGAGGCUCAACCCGGAAAAAUGCGCCUUUGGUGUUAUCGGAGGAAAAUUCCUCGACUUCAUGCUUACUAGCCGAGGAAUUGAAGAAAAUCCCGAAAAAUGUCAGGCGAUCCUUGAUAUGAAUAGUCCCACAAACAUUAAAGAGGUUCAGCGAUUAACAGGGAGGUUGGCAGCUCUCUCCAGAUUUCUGCCAUGCCUGGCGUCCAAGUCCUUCAGCUUUUUUCGAUGUUUACGGAAGAACACAAAUUUCCAAUGGGAUGAAAAUUGUGAAAUGGCAUUUCAAAGUUUAAAACAAUUUCUUUCUAAACCACCUGUUUUGCAAAAACCUAACAUUGGUGAACCAUUAUAUUUAUAUUUGUCAGUUACUGAUAUAGCGGUUAGCUCUGUUCUUGUUGCAGAAAAAGAGAAAACACAACAACCAGUUUAUUUUGUAAGCAAAUCAUUGCAGAAUGCUGAGCUUCGCUAUCCGAGGUUAGAAAAGCUCGCCUAUGCACUUGUUUUUUCUGCAAGACGACUCCGCCCCUACUUUCAGAGUCAUACAAUUUACGUCAGAACUUCUCAACCCUUACGCCAAAUACUCGCCAAACCCGAGCUUGCCGGGAGAUUGAUAAGAUGGUCUAUUGAACUGUCCGAAUUUGAUAUUCAAUAUCAACCUAGAGGAUCUGUCAAAUCACAAUACCUGGCCGACUUUGUUGUCGAGCUCACGGGACCAAGCACAUACAUAGAGGAUGCAGGUUGGAUGUUAUUUGUUGAUGGGGCCUCUAACCCCCAUGGAUCUGGAGCAGGAAUACUUUUGGAAAAUGCUGAAGGAGUCGUUAUUGAACAUUCUAUACGAUUUUCAUUCAAGGCCAGCAAUAAUCAAGCCGAGUAUGAAGCCCUACUCGCAGGGCUCAGGUUAGCAACAGAGCUACAUGUUGUUAAUUUAAAAGUUUAUUGUGAUUCUCUAUUAGUUGUUCAACAAGUAAAUCAGAGUUUUCAAACAAAAGAUCCAGUUUUAUCAAAAUAUGUAGUUCUUGUCAAAAACCUCAUGGAUCGUUUCUCAAAAAUUGAAAUUCAUCAUAUAGCAAGAGAUCAAAAUCAUAGGGCAGAUAUAUUAUCAAAGCUUGCUUCCACUCAAUCACACACUGCCUCACUACUACAAUCCACUAUCCACGAGCCGAGCAUAAACAUCCUUAGCAUUUCUCAUAUAGAGCAAGAAGCCGGUUGGCAAAAGCCAUACAUUCAAUACCUUAAAAGUGGAGAACUCCCACAAGAGAUACAAGAUGUAAAAAAGUUCAAACGACAGGCAUCUUUCUUUACAUUAUUAAAUAACCUGUUGUAUAGGCGGGGCUACUCCCGACCAUUAUUGAAAUGCUUAGACAGGACAGAGGCCGACCUAGCCUUAGCCGAGGUCCAUGAAGGCAUUUGUGGAAUACACUCAGGAGCCAGAAGUCUAGCACAAAAGAUUCUUCGUGCUGGUUUUUAUUGGCCGACCAUAUGGGAGGACAGUCGGAAAAAGGUCCGAACUUGCGACCGCUGCCAAAAACAUGCCCCGACCAUUAACAUCCCCGCCGAGGAUUUACAUCAGUCAACAGUAAGCUGGCCAUUUAAUCAUUGGGGAAUAGAUAUUCUGGGACCUUUUCCCACAGCCCCGAGACAGGUAAAAUAUUUGGUUGUGGCAAUUGAUUACUUUUCUAAAUGGAUUGAGGCUCAACCUCUAGCUAGAAUUACAUUAGUUCAAAUGAUUUCUUUUGUUUGGCAAAAGAUAAUUUGCAGAUUUGGUAUACCUCGUCACAUUGUAACUGAUAAUGGUCGACAGUUUACCGACCAUAAUUUUAAGAAUUUUUUACAGAAUUUAAAGAUUAAGCAACAUUUCUCCUCGGUGGAGCAUCCUCAAUCUAACGGCUUAGCUGAAGCUGCAAACAAGGUCGUCCUGCAGGCUUUAAGGAAGAAGCUCGAUGACGCCAAAGGAUUAUGGGCUGAACUUGUUCCAGAAAUUUUAUGA